AUGGAACCAUCAGAGCAUCAUCUCCUCACAAUUCUUGAGAAUGCGCCAUAUACGUUUAAGGGAUGGAUGGUGGUUAUUGAUCGAUGGAAUCGUCGUGAACUACCAACGUUUCUGAAGAUUAUCCCCUUCUGGAUUCGAAUUGAGCAUCUUCCUAAUAUAUAUCGAAGGGAGCAAAUCGUCAAAAGCAUUGGCUCUAAGCUUGGUCAGGUGGAGGAAGUGGAAAUUACAGAGCCGACAGCUAUUCGCCCUGCAGAAGUUUGGGUUAAGGUCCGGUUCAAUAUCACUCUUGCGAGGGCUGUUCAACUUAGGAGUAAUGAACCCCUAGUUGAGCUGGAAUUCCGCUAUGAUAUUCUGCAGAAGUUCUGCACCAAUUGUGGUAGUUUGAAGCAUAGCUUCGAUGUUUGCCCCCAUCCCCCUAAUCCAGAAACUCAAAGCUUACAAGACUCGUCUGUUGAUACAAUUCCACCAUCGUCGGCUUUAACUACUGGUCAACCUACUGCACUUUGUCCUUCUGAGGUUACCAGUUCUAUUCCGAUGCUUCCCUCAUUACCAAUGUUACAGCCUGCUUCUCCUGGUCAAGCAGAGACAUCAUCUCAUAUGGAACUUAUGUGCAACUACUACCUUGGCUUGGCUCGGAUCAUUGACUUUUCCUUCUUCACACUGAUCUUUAUCGCCAAGGUGGAUACAAGUUGUUCUGUUAUGACAAUAGGUGGCAGCAUCAAUGGGAAGUCAGCUAAGUGUCGGGUGGCAUUAUCACGUUGGAAGAGCACCAACAUUCAGAAUUCCCAAAAGAAAAUAAUGGAGUUAUGA